GAACUAUUUGAGAUAUACCCUCAUUUCAACAACCGAGUCAGUUAGACGUCAAAUCUGACAUCCGUUCUGUGCAUUCUGUACCUAUCUGGUUCAUUAGCUAAAAUUUUCCUGGGGUAUUCUCGCGAUCUACUAACGAGAACCGAACACAAUGGGUCACGGAUUCGGUGAGCUGGCCAAGGUGCGUGGCAUUGUCGUCCACAAAAUUUCACCAUUCGAGCAGAAGGCCUUUGCUAACUACUGGAGCAAAACGAUCCCGAAUACUCUGCGACGGAUCAGGUCGCAAAUUUUCAUCGUAACACCGCCAUUCAUCGUGGGAUACCUCGUGUACAACUAUGUGGAAAAUUUACACACCCAGCUGUCCCGUAAGAAUCCAGCUGAUUUCGAGAAUGAUGUCUGAGAAGCGGGCGAAUCAUGUAAAUCAUGUAAAAAUACUGCUUAGCUGAAAUAAACCAAGAAUGCGAAUAAGGUAA